CUACUAUAAAGGGGAGCUGAAUCAUCAUCCAUUUUGAAGCUAACUUGUUGGUAUUCGCUAUUGGAUUAGCACUGAUUUCUUGACAUAUUUGUGGAUCGAUUCCGACCUAAUUUUCAGAAAAAUGGGUGGUUGUGCUGCACCAAAUUGUUCGAAUCAGUCUAAAAAUAACUUUAGGAUGUUUCGUUUCCCUAGAAAUGAAGAAAGACGAAGAAAAUGGAUAGUUAAUUCUCGUCGAGAUCAAUGGAUCCCGGGCCCAGGAGCGUAUCUUUGUGAGGUACAUUUUGAAGAAAAUCAAUUUGAAUGCUCUAGGCAAGAUGGGCGUAAAAAACUCAAGCCCAAUGCUGUGCCAACUCUUUUCAAUGUGCCUAAUCCCCCACAACUGUUGACCCCACAGCGUCUAAAAGGCAUUGGUUUACCAAAGCACCGUUCAGUUACAUCCAAUUUUUGUAAUGGUGGCUUGCUGCACAGUUUACCUUUAUCAACUGAAGCGAUUUCUGUUGCUGAACCAUCUGUUGUUUGUUUGCAAGAACAAGCUUCAACUUCAUCUUGUGAUAAAAUGCCAUCUAUUUGUGAAGGAUCUCAUGUUUGUUUGCAAGAACAGCCUUUAGCCUCAUUUUGCAAUGAAAUACCAUCUAUUUGUGAAGGCUCUGAUGAUGUUCUUUUAAGGAAUUUUAUAAAACAGCAGACUGAAUUGAUCUCGCUUCUGCAAUGCCAGAACAAAAUAUUACUGAAAGAACUUACAGCAACCAAAAAAAAAAUGAAAUUAAUGUUUUAAAAAAAUGGCAUAGCACUGAAAUUCAACUUCAUGACCUUCAAGUACAGCAUGAGGAAUUGCUGAAAGGAGUGAAAACAUUUCUUUCAGAUGAACAAAUAGCAAUGUUGAAAAUUCCUCGUAGAAGCAUUGCAAAAUGGUCUAACGAGGGAAUAAUAAAAGGCCUCAAAGUUAGAUUUGCCUUGGGCAAGCAUGGUUAUAAUUACUUGCACAGAAUAGGUUUUCCUGUGCCUUCAUACAGCACUUUAAAUAAAAGACUUCAAGGUCUUGAAAUGAAUUUUGGAGUCAUCAGUGAGAUGAUUGAACCUUUGAAAAUUAAAGGAGAAAAAAUGAAUGCUAGUGAUAAAGACUGUAUUUUAUCAUUGGAUGAAAUGGAGAUUUCUGGCAAUCCUGAUUUUGAUAUUUCAAAACGUAAAUUUAUUGGUAAAUGUACAUUAGGAAAUCAAAAGGGUGCAGGAAAUCACUAUUUAGUUAUUUUACUAAGAGGUUUGAAGCUGAAAUGGAAGCAAGUGGUUGCCCAUGAGAUAACUGGACAGGUAACAGGAUGCCAGCUCAAACAACUUGUUGUCAAUGUUAUCGAAGCUGUCAAUUCUGUUGGAUUUAAUGUUGUUGGUAUUGUUAGCGAUAUGGCAGCAGUAAAUAGAAGCCUGUGGAAUUCUUUGGGAAUAUCUGUUUCUCGAAACCAAAGAAAUAAUUUCACUACUGAAAUUAAGGGCAAAAUUAUUUAUGUAUUUGCAGAUGUGCCACAUCUUUUAAAAAAUCUCUGGUCUGCAACUCUUAAUCAUAGUAUAAAACUGCCCAGUUAUGUUUGCAAUAAAGAAAAUUUGGUUACUUUGCAUGUAUCUGCAGGAUUUAUAAAAGAUAUCUGGAUUACUGAAACAAACCAAAAUUGUGGUUUGAGAACUAUGCAUCAUCUCAGCAAAGAAGACCUCUUCCCCUCACAUUUUGAUAAAAUGAAUGUUGCUUCUGCUGUGAGGUUUUUUUCCAAUUAAAACAGCUGUGGGAUUGGAGAAGGCAGUAGCUUUAAAAGAGAUAAGCCCUAAUGCUCUUACAACAGCAUGGUGGAUAAGAUUUAUAUGUCAGUGGUUUCAAAUGCUAUCCUCUAGAUGUAGAAAGAACUCAAUUUCUGUGACAAAUAAAAGCAAAAAAAUUGAGUUACUUUUUGAAUUUAUUAAUGUUAUACAGCUUAUAGAAAUUGGUAAAGGGUGGAAACCAUUACAUACUGGUUUGAUUCUUUCUACUUUAUCAGCCAUACAGUUAGCAGAGGCAUGUUUUCUGAAUGAUUUUCAGUUUAUUUUGACGAGCAGAUUGACACAAGAUGCUCUAGAAAAUGUAUUUUCUCAGAUACGCAGAAAAGCUGGUUUGAGGCCAAGUGCUUUGCAAGCUGUGAAAGCAUUAAAGCUUAUCUGUUUAUCUCAGUUUAUAUCUGACAUUAAGAACUCCAGUUAUGCUACUGAUUCAGAUAUUUACUUAUUAAACUAUGCGAAAGAUGAAUUUGAAUUUCUGAAGGAGAAAAAAGCUUUAGAGCCUGUUACCAUACCAGAAGUUUCUGAUGUAUCUCUACAGAAUCUCACCCUUAGUGAGGAAAAUAACGUCUGUUAUAUUGCAGGAGCUGCAAUAAAUUCUGUUUUGAAAAAUGCUUGUAAUUCAUGCUCACAGUUUCUCUUAGUUUGUGAGCAAAAUACUCCUUCCAUUGAUGAAAAUAAGCAGUACAUAAUUAAUUUUGCAAAUUUAGGUGGGCUUAAAUGUCCUUCUCCAGAAAUUUUUAAAUUGUGCCUUCUGUGUGAAAAAAUAAUUCAAAAUUUUCGAGACGAAAUAAUACAUGGAAAUGUAACUAUGGAUGUGGAAUUUGUUAAUAUGAUUUGUAAGAAAGCAGGCGAGGUAAAUAUUCCCUCCUGUUGCAAUAUCAAAACAAAGAUAAUAAAAUAUUAUUUGACUGCCCGUGGAAUUGGUCUCAAGAAGCUUCUUCAAAAUAAAAGGCAGCAGCGGCAAAGUUUUGCAUCUCCUGCUUUUAAAAGGAAGAAAGUAAACUAGAAUCUAAUCAAGAGUUUAAGAAGUUUUUGCUGUUCAGUUCUGUCUGUAAAAAAGUAGAGUAGUUGUCACUGAAAAAUUGCUGUUUGUCUCUUCGAAUAAUAAUUAGGCCCACCAACAGCUGAAUGGUUAAAGUUACUGAAUGCUGGGAGUUCCAUCUUCUGUUCUAUUUCCGAACAGGCUGGCUGCAUGGUUGGUUUUUUUUGUGGUUUUUCCCCAUGUGUAAUGUGAAUACAAGCCAGUUCUCCUUAGAAAGUCCUCUACAAUAGAAGAUCUCAUAGUCAGCUAAA